AUGGCUACCACAGAUCAGAUCCAAUACAGGCCCUCAGCUAGUUUAAUACUGGCAAGCAAACAAGCGUUCCAUACAAAAAAGGAAUACGAUUAUAACGUAUUGCUAAUGAAACGGACAGAGCGCACAUCUUAUGCACUUAAUCACUGUGUCUUUCCUGGAGGCGUCUUCGAUGCUCAGGCAGAUGAAUCCGCCGAUUGGUUGAUCUACUUCCAAGAAUGUGGAAUUUCCUGGGACCAGCUAAAGCUAUUGCACAGCCGGCAAUCAAUGGGUAGACCGGAGCUCAUGACCCAAGGUGUAGAGUUCUCUCGUGAUAUCUCACUUCGCCUAACAGCGCUACGAGAAACCUUUGAGGAAGUGGGCAUUCUGUUGUGUCGCAAGAAUCUCAAGAAUUUGAAUGGUGGACAGCCAGCGCAGGUACUGGUACAACCGUUCGAUCGUGAAUAUUGGCAGCAGCGAGUGCACAAUGAUGCACAGCAAUUUCUUGUGCUGUGUCGACAUUUGGCUGUUAUCCCAGACCUGUGGGCUCUCAACGAGUGGUCCAUUUGGCGUACACCAGCAUCCGCCUCGAGUCGCAAAUACGAUACGGUUUACUAUUUGGCUGCCUUGGAGAACUUCAACGUGGACUUGUUACUUGAACCAACUGAAGUAGCUGCGGCUUACUGGCUACAGCCUUCCGACUCCUGGCUUCAAAGUCGAGAGGGUCUUAUUUGGUUACCAUACAUACUGCUCUACGAGACGGCGCGUCUGAUGAGCAUUCCAGGUUGGCAACAGUUGCUACAAUUUGCAUAUGACCGCAGUACACAGGGAUCUACACUGCUUCAGCCCAUCUAUUAUCGCACAAAUGACUGUCUCAUUGGCGUGCUUCCAGGCGAUGAGUUGUACUUGCCAGAGCCAGAGUACUGCAACGAAUCCAUAGUAUUGCCGUGCUCUAUUAGUGAACUCAACACUGUAGCCAAGCGCUUCAAUCGGUAUAUGAUUUACAGCUUUCAACAUGUGGAUUUUGCUUGCAAUGUGCCUUCACUUGACGGACAUUUUCCGCUGCAAACGCGUGUAAAUACGCGGCUAGCCAAGUUAUAAAAAGAUAGUUAAACACUUUGA